AUGUCCGCAGUCAAGAACUUGCGGGCAAUGUUCGAGCAGAAACAGGACGCGAGCCCGCCAGAUCGAGGUAGAUCGCCUGGACUUUCUUCCAACGGCACCGAAACCCCUCCGCCUCCAGCCCGCCCCCUCUCCAAGAUUCGCACCAGCUUCGUAGCCGUCGAGAAGGACGGCAGAGUCGGACUUCGCCGAGACCCCAGCAAUGAGUCGAGCUUGUCUCAGCGGCGCCUGAGCAGCCACACCGAGGGAGAGGCGUCUGUCUCUGGCCAAUCCGACAAGACAAUGGCCACCGAGGAGACUUCCGGCGGCUUCAAGGCCAGUGUUGUCAGCGAGACCAUUCCCGAGUCUCCUCGCCGCCCUGACGCGACGAAGGGCUCUCCCCAAGCUGCCACCCGAAGCCUCGGCGCCGUGACCGACAAGCCAAGCCACAAUCCCGACAAGCACGUCGACAUCGAGACGCCCACGCCCGAGCUUCUCCCCGGAGACCCGACCGAGAAGACCCCCUCCGCACCUACCAACGGCGCAGCUGCAGCUGCCGCCGACACGGCGAAGCCGGCCGCCAAGGCUAAAAGCACCGCAAAGCCUGCUCCGAAAAGCCUCGCGCCCCCUGCCGCAAUCAAGGCGAGAUCGAAGACGCCCACGAGGUCUCCGACCACCACCAAGGCACCCGCGCUGCCUCAAUCCGGCUCGAAGCUGAGCGCCCCCAAGGCGGCCCAUGACCCGGCCAAGAAAACCCCCGAGAAGCCGGCAACUAGCAUGCCAAAGACUGGCGCGAAGACGGCGGGAUCAAACAAGAAGCCCGCCCCCGUAAACGUUACCCCGCCUAGCGGCGCCGGCUUUGUUAAGCCCAAGGUCAAGUCUCCCACAAGGCCCGUGAGACUUCCGGCGUCCCUCAUGGCCCCGACUGCCGCGUCUGUCUCCAAGGUCAAGGGGGAAGCUCCCCGUGAGACCCUCUCUCGCUCCUCCGGCAACCAGGGCCGCCCGGCUAGCAGAGCGAGCGCCGCCGGUGCCGGGCCGCACAAGACUCUGAAGCGCCAGAAUUCGGUCAUCAAUCGGCCCAGGCCCAGCAUUGGACCCCCGCCGAAGAAGCCUCUUCAGGAUCACCCUAUCACCAAGAAGGAGAAGGAGGUCGACGAGAACUUCCUGGCGCGUAUGAUGCGUCCGACCCAGAGCUCGAGCUCCAAGACCACCGAGAAGGCCCCCGUCACGCCUCCCAGACACCGCAGCUCCACGCAAGGCAGCGGCAAAGCUUCAUCCGUCUCGAGAAGCCCGAGAAGAACCAUCAAGCGCUCUCCCGAGUCCGUUCGUACAGGAAGCCCCUUCACCAAGAAGGAGCCCUCGAUUGAGGAGGUGGCGGCCGAAACCGCUCAGGUUGAGACGGUUGAGAAGGUGGCUGAGGUUGUUGACAAGGCCGAGGAGCCCGUCGAGGUCAAGCCUGAGCCGGAGCCAGUCAAGGCACCGGUCACACCGGAGCCUAUUCCUGAGGAGUCUUCUUCGGACAAGACCUCUGACCCCGAGCCCAGUGCCGCCGUUACGUCUGGAUCCGACGGCGUCAACGAGGAUCGCCCUGAGUCUCCCGAGUUCGAUGAGCUCACGCAGCGAGCGGCGAGACUGUCCAUUGAUGAGGGAGACACCCACGAGCUAAAGAGCCCGGAUGAGUUUGAGGAGCUCCUUGAGGAGACCGUCGAGGAGCAGAACGAGGCUCCUGCUUCCAGCGUGGCGACCACAGAAGUCAAGACUGAGACAGCAUAA